AAAUCCUUCUCUUCUUUUUUCCAUUGUCUUGUUCGAGCGGUUGUCUUGCUAAGCACUUAUAACAAUCGACAUGGCUAACCAGACUCCUGAUUCCUGGGAGGAUGAGCUGUCUAGGCAGACUGAGGGCGUUAACCUGAACGCACAGUCACGGCCUCAGCCUCAAGCUCCUUCUUUCCACCCCGGCGCUGCUUCCUUCCAGCCUGGGGCAGCUGCUUUCGUGCCCGGACAGCAGUUCCAGCCGUACGGGGGCUAUCCUCAGUAUGGCCAAUAUGGACAGGGCUACGGGGGGUACCAAGGCUAUGACCAGCAACAGGCGUACGGCCAAUACGGCGCAUAUGGCCAGCAACCUGGCGGUUACAACCAGAUCUACAACCAAAACUACGGUAACUACCAGCAGCAACAGCAAUUUUCCCAGAAGCCUCGCCAGGCUGCGCCCGCCGCCGCCGCCCCAGCCCAACCUGCCCCGAAACCCGCCAGCAAUGCCGCCCCCAAGGCCAAGGUCCUGAGCAUUGGUGGUGCCAGCGACUCUCCCUCAGCUCCCAAAACGAAGGUCCUCUCGAUUGGUACCCCUACACCGGCAUCGACCACGCCCUCUUCAGAUUCUGGAUCUCUCGCCGACGCUAAGGGCCCCGCAGCCGUUGAAGCUGCCUCCAAGGUGACCGCCGCGAAGGCUGUUGAGAAGACAGAAAAGAAGGCGGAGCAAAAGGCAGCCGCUAGCGGUAAAUCAUCCCCGGCACCAUCAGGGCGCAACAGCCCUGGGCGAUCGAGCCCUUCGCGUGCGGAGCUUGCCAAGGAAAAGCGUGAUGCAGACGCUGUCGCUGCGGAGCAGAAGGCAGACGUUGAUGAGGAGACACUGAAGGAAAUCUAUGGUGAAAAGAAAGAGCAUGUGAACAUUGUCUUCAUUGGACACGUCGAUGCCGGAAAGUCCACUCUCGGUGGAUCUAUUCUCUACGUUACCGGCAUGGUGGAUGAGCGUACACUUGACAAAUACAGGAGGGAUGCGAAGGAAGCUGGUCGUGAAACAUGGUAUCUUUCUUGGGCUCUGGAUCUGACCAACGAGGAGCGUGCUAAAGGAAAGACUGUUGAGGUGGGCCGUGCUCACUUCAAGGUUGACAUUCAAACACCCGAUGGUGUCGUUGAACGACGCUUUUCUAUCCUCGACGCCCCUGGUCACAAGUCUUACGUGCACCACAUGAUCGGUGGAGCUUCGCAAGCUGAUGUUGGUGUCCUUGUUAUCUCCGCGCGCAAGGGCGAGUAUGAAACUGGUUUCGAAAAAGGCGGACAGACUCGUGAGCACGCUUUGCUAGCAAGAAACACCGGUGUACGAAAGCUUAUCGUCGCUGUCAACAAGAUGGAUGAUCCGACUGUCGAGUGGAGUGAGGAUCGUUUCAAGGAGUGCACAGUCAAGGUUUCCAAAUUCUUGGAAGCUCUUGGUUACAAGAAGGAUGAUUUGACUUUCAUGCCCAUCUCAGCGCAGCAGACCCUGGGUGUUAAGGAUCGUGUUCCCAAGGACGUUUGCCCCUGGUACAACGGUCCUUCCCUCAUUGAAUAUCUCACAGAGAUGAAGAUGCCCGAGCGUAACCUUAAUGCACCUUUCAUGAUGCCGAUCAGCGCCAAAUACCGUGACAUGGGCACUAUGGUUGAAGGACGUAUUGAAGCCGGUGUCAUCAAGAAGAACGCUAGUUGCAUCAUCAUGCCAAACCGUACGAAAGUCGAGAUUGCGGCGCUCUAUGGUGAAACUGAAGAUGAGAUUGCGACCGCCACUUGCGGUGAUCAAGUGCGCAUGCGCCUACGUGGUGUUGAAGAGGAAGAUCUGCUUCCUGGAUUUGUCAUGUGUUCCCCUAAGCGUCCAGUUCACUGUGUCUCUGCCUUCGAGGCUAAAAUUAGGAUUCUUGAUCUCAAGAGUAUUCUCACUGCCGGUUUCAACUGCGUCAUGCACGUGCACUCAGCUGUGGAAGAGAUCACCAUUGCAGCUCUGCUCCACAAGCUCGAGCCCGGUACUGGACGCCGGAGCAAGCGCCCUCCGCCUUUCGCCAGCAGGGGUCAGACUAUCAUUGCCCGCAUCGAAAUCACUAGCGCUGCCGGCGCUGUUUGUGUUGAGCGUUUCGAAGACUACAACCAAAUGGGUCGUUUCACCCUACGUGACCAAGGCCAAACUAUUGCUAUUGGUAUGAUUACCAAGCUCAUUGAUGCGUAGACGGAUCCCCAGUAACGCAUCCUAAUACUCUCAUGUGAUAUUACUGGGCAACGGUCAAGGUAUCCCAGGGACCCAAGGGUGACUUGAGGGGGCUAAGACUGGUUGAUGAUGAUGAAUUUCAUUCGAUUACUUUUCCUAUAGAUUUACGCAUUUUUGUUUUCUGUUUUCCUGGAUAUGAAAAGUCAUCUUUCGCGUUUGCCGUUGUGUAGACCUUUUCUAGAUACCAUGAAGUAGCCCACAAUAUUAUCAUGACAAGUUACGAUUACA